AUGGCGAUCGGAGCCUUUCUGGAGCCCGCCAUUGUGGUGAGUUUCCUCGCCGGUGGCACCCUCGUCAACCGCAACACCACCUACUCAAGCUCAACUGCCUCGAGCCGGAGAGCUUCUUGGCAUCCGCUCGAUCAGACCGACCCCGAAGCGCAACCAUCGGCAUCGCUUCUGCACGACGAAUCCGAGGGAGGCAGGAAAGCCAAGGUUGAGGAGGAUGAGUACGCUGGUGAUAGCAGGAGACCGUGGAGUCCAUCGCGGUCCAGUUCGUCGUCGACGGUAGUAGAGAACCAGGCUGCCGAAAAGGGUCUCCCAUACGGAAAGAGGUUCCGCACUUUGAAGUUUAUGGGCUGGAAACGCGAUGUCGUCACGCCGAAUACCGAGAUCCAUCGCGACCGAUUACUGAGCCGCGUCCUGCGCAUGUUCCCCUUCCUCGUUGAGGUGUGGUACUGGGCUCUGAUCUACUGGGUCUACCAACUUGGACGAGCCUUCACAGCUGUAACCCUCAAGGCCGGCACGGUCGACACUGCUCGCGAGCAUGCCCUUCAAAUUAUUCACAUUGAGCAGCGCCUGCGCAUCUUCGUUGAGCCCAUGAUCCAGGGCUGGUUCCUUGGACACCCGACAAUUCUCAAGUGGACGAACCGAACUUACUCCUUCAUCCACAUCCCCGGCACCAUUCUCUUCCUCAUCGUCCUCUUCUACGUCACCACCACUCGCCCUCGGGCCCGCAUCCACGAGAAUCACGGUGGAGGCGCUCUUGUCCGCGACUGGCGCAACUUCGUCAGCCACUUUGGCCCAGAUGUGUACGAGCGCCGUAGACGUACCAUGGCCAUGUGCAACCUUUUGGCCUUUAUCGUCUUCACCUUCUGGCCCUGCAUGCCGCCCAGACUCCUCAGCGACCCCACCUACAAUGGCGAGUACGCGAAGGAGGCCAAGUCGUAUGGCUUUGUCGAUACCGUGCACGGAAAGGAUGGUGAUAGCAGUGUCUGGACUACCAACAAGUUCUGCAACCAGUACGCUGCCAUGCCCUCCCUCCACUUCGGAUACUCUUUUCUCGUCGGCCUCACCAUUGCCACUGUUCCCCUCAGGAGACAUGGUCGCUUCGGGUGGAAAAGGCUUGUCGCCAUUUUCACCGGCAUGAUUUACCCUGGCAUCAUCCUUACCGCCAUCAUCGCGACUGCCAACCACUUCGUUCUGGAUGCGGUAGCCGGAGCUUGCGCUUGCUUGAUUGCCUGGAAGUUCAACCACGUGCUUCUCAACCUCCUCCCCAUUGAGGACUGGUUCCUGCACUUCCUCAGGAUGCACAAGCCCAACUAA